CCGUUAUUCUUUUCAGAAAUUCUCCAAGAAGCGUAGUCUUCGUCCGGUCUUUACUUCUGUUCUUUGAAAGAAUAUCACAAUCAUUUACAAUGCAUUUCUCUUCGGCAAUUGCUGCGUCUGCAGUCUUCGCCCUCGCCAGCGGCGCGGUCAUGGGAAAGAGAGCUCUCUCAGGACAAGCAACCUUCUAUGGCGGUAACCUCCACGGCGGGACCUGUUCAUUCUCAACUUAUACCCUCCCAUCCUCGAUCUUUGGGACCGCGUUGUCAGACUCGAAUUGGGACGAUGCCGCCGAGUGCGGAGCAUGUAUUACCGUGACAGGACCGGCUGGAAACAACAUAACUGCUAUGAUCGUGGACAUGUGUCCCGGCUGCGGCCCCAACCACCUCGACUGCUUCCCCGACGCCUUCUCCGCCCUCGCCAACCCGACACUCGGCGUGAUCGACGUCACUUGGUCCUAUAUAACCUGUCCGAUCAGCACGCCUCUACAAUUACAUAACAAAGAAGGCGUCUCGGCUUACUGGUUCAGCAUGCAAGUUGUCAACGCCAACAAACGAGUCACCUCGCUCGAGGUCUCGACGGAUGGAGGUUACACCUGGAAAUCAACAACCAGGCAGUCUUACAACUUCUUUGAAAAUUCGAGUGGCUUUGGGACGAGCAUGGUGGAUGUGAAGGUUACGAGUAUUGAUGGGGAUGUGGUUCUUGUAAAGGGGGUUGAAGUUACACCUAACUUGGUGGUUACUGCGAGUGCAAACUUUGGUGGUUCUUCCGGUACUGUCGCUACCAGCGCUGCAGUGGCCUCUUCUUCUUCUUCUUCUUCGACCUCAGUUACCGUGCAAUAUCCUCCUCCAAACACAAAAGCUCCAAUAUCGACGUCGACGACUACGACCAGUGCAUAUCUCGCUCCUCAGUCAACCAGUUACCCUGCCAUUGUUGUAUACCCGGUUAUUACGCCAACUCCUACGCCUACUUCUACUCCUACUCCGGAAAUCGUAUAUGUGACAAUUGAUGCUUGUCCCGCUUAGAUAGCAGGUGUUUGGGAGACUGAGUUUAGGCAUUACUUUGCUUUCAUUGUACAUAUUCAAUUUACCUUCUCCGAGGCAGGCAAGCCGAGGUCUAGACCUCCCUCUUUAACACACUUUCUCUUGGAAACCUUGCCAUUAUUUCAUGAGUCGCUUUCGUUAAUGCAUAUC